AUGGAUUCUAUCCACGAUCGUAUGAUCCGUCGUGCUCGCGACGUUGUGUCUGGGCUGGAAUCCUGCUGCGCCAGCAUCGACGCAGUCGGCUCCCCUUCACGAGAGGUAUCUGAUGAUGGCACGAUCAUGCUAUCUGAAGAUGAAUCUUCGAUUCUUUGCAAGGAUGGAGGGGAGCUACUGGCCAGUUACAUGACAUAUGUAUGCCGGGGUUGCGACGCCCAGGGGGCUCGCCGUUUGAGUGAUGAAAUGUCGGAAUCUCUCCAAGCGCAGUUCCUCGUGGAGCGUGAUUGCAUGGUGUUGUAUUCAUCGGUUUUCUUUCGCUAUUUAAUGCAACACCUUGAAGGUAGUGUUGCAUCGGAGCCGCCGAUAUACGAUGGUACGCCAUGUCUGAGUAUCGCUGUGGAGCCGCUGUUGCGUUACCGCCCCGCGCGGCUGGUAUUGUCCAUCCUGAGCGACUUCAGCAUCGCCGACGGCACCGUGCGUCUCAAUUCGAAAGACCAUGGCACCAUGUUUCUGCGAAGGAUUGGGCAUGUGGCAUGCGAAAGCUCGCCGUUGCAGCGGGAGGUGCACGUUAAGUAUAUAGCCAAGCACCUUACUCUAUGUGGCCCCGCCCGGACGGUCCCCCUGGAGCACCUCAACUGCUCGGAGCCGUGGAUCGUGUACUGGUCGCUCCACAGCCUGCGUAUACUUGGCGUUGACAUAUCACCUUACCGUGAACGUGCCCUCAAAACAUUGUUUGGGUGCUGGGAUAAGAAGGGUGGAGGAUUUGGCGGAGGUCGAGGCCAAAUCGGGCACCUGGCCACUACCUACGCCGCAAUAUGUUGCCUGAAGAUGCUCAAUGCGCUGCCGUUGUUGGACACGGGCAAAUUGCGUUCGUUCCUCUUUGCCAUGAAAAAACCCGAUGGCAGCUUCAGCGUCCACCUUGGCGGUGAGUGCGACGUGCGCGGCCUUUAUUGCGCCAUUGCAUCCGCUUCAAUGGCAGGCAUAUUGGACGAUGAACUUUCCGAGGGCGUCGCGGCUCGCGUCGCUGCUUGCCAGGGCUACGACGGCGGCAUUUCUGGCGAACCGUUCUUGGAGUCCCACGCCGGAUAUGUCUACUGCGGCACCUCCGCGCUCAAGCUGCUAAAUCGCUUGGAUUGUAUAGAUGUUGCGCGCCUGCGGCGUUGGUGCCAUCUGCGCCAAACUCCUCAGCUGGGUUUCCAGGGGCGACCUCACAAGCUUGUUGACGUGUGCUACGCGUUCUGGAUCGGUGGCACUCUCGCAUUGCUGGAUGACUCGGCUGACAAACCCUUCAACCUGAGCUACUUGAUGUUGCAAGCCUACAUUCUGUGCAUUUCGCAGUUCCCCUCCGGCGGCUUCCGCGACAAGCCCGGCAAGGCCGUCGACCUCUACCACACAUGCUACGCAUUAUCAGCUCUUGAGAUUAUAUCGCAACCUUCUGGCAAAUGUCGCCUAGACGUAUCCCUCAAUAUUAUAGUGUGA